AUGCCAGCGAUAAGUAAAGGAAAUCGAAAUCGAGAUGAAGUGAGCACGGAAAUUGAGCACGUUGAUCGUGGGAUACACACAUUUCAGGAACUUUCCCAUAUAUUCAAUAAUUUGGCGAUAAAAAGAUUAACUUUGAGUCACAACAAAAUUUCUUCGAUCCCUCCCAACAUCGCUGAUUUAGUCAAUUUAGAGAGCUUGAAUCUGUGGAACAAUCAAAUUGAAGAUUUACCGACAUCGAUAUCAUCGUUGAGUAAAUUACGAAUUUUAAACUUGGGGAUGAAUCGAUUAAAUAUAUUACCGAGAGGUUUUGGAUCAUUUCAAGCAUUGGAAAUUCUCGAUUUAACUUAUAACAAUUUGAAUGAGCGAAGCUUACCUGGAAAUUUCUUUUUCAUGCCAUCGCUACGAGCAUUGUAUUUGGGUGAUAAUGAUUUCGAGUAUUUACCUGCUGAUAUCGAGAAUCUUUCAAGUUUACAAAUCUUGGUACUACGUGAAAAUGAUUUAGUAGCACUUCCAAAAGAAAUAGGUAAACUGUAUCGCUUAAGGGAACUACAUAUACAGGGGAAUCGCUUGACCGUGUUACCGCCUGAAAUUGCCGGAUUAGAUCUUGUUGGUUCGAAGCAAGUGCUUCGGCUUGAAAAUAAUCCUUGGGUACAACCACUCGCAGAUGCGUUGGCAAAAGGUCCACUUGCUCUUAUGGAUUAUCUUCGAUCAGAUUCGUACAAAUAUCAAUAUGGACGUCAGGAGUCAGGAACUGGUACAGUGCAGCCAAAAAUUCGAAAUAAAAGUAAAAAAAUAAGCAGGCAGAAGGUAAAACAAGGAUGCUAA